AUGGCUUCAUGCCUCCCAAAUACCCUUGCAGCCACCUGCUCUGCUGUCGGCUGGCUGACUACCAGCUCCGUGGUUGGCGCAGGCCCCCAGGGUGGAUCGAGCGGAGUCGUCCUGUUAAACGGCGAUGGCGAUCAAAUUGGCCAACUCGAGGGUGAUGAGGGUGCCUGCACCGACCUCGCGCACAUCGAGGGUGACGGGCUCGUCGAUACAUUUGGGUGGGCUAGUACCUGCAAUGUCAAUACCUUCAAGGAAUGCCACGGCUCUUACAAUGGCAUGGGCCAUAUCGAUGGCCUGCCACCUAGCGAUCUUGAUAGUGAUUUCUACGGUAUUGGAAUUUCUACGGGUGCUCAGUGCAAGAUUGAGUUUGAAUGCUAGGCUGGUGGAUUGUUUAUCCCUCCAGGGACGGGAGAGUCACUCUUUAAGUUACAUGUUUAUAUUACUCUCAUUUAGCUUGGAUUUGCUUCCGUUAUAUCCCCCUUGUGGUGCCAAUCGUGCAUGGUGGCAUGCCUUGGUCUUCUACUGUGAG